ACAGCGUCAUGUAGCGUCAGCACGCACGCAGCUCGGAAGUGACGUAGAAGUGAACGCGCACGCACGUGUGUAACGCAGCAUGUUUCUGCAGCACAUGUUUGUGUUUAUGUGACUGUAAGAGCGCUGAUCGGAACCGGUUUUAAACGCGAGCAGCGCUGUGUCGGUCAUGAUGGGGGAACACGAGCGGUACCCGCCGCCGAACUUCAGCGCAGCAGCGGCGGAUCCUCCAGCGGCGCUUCACUGGAGCGGCUCCACACCGCACGACAGCCGCAAGUUCGAGGCGUCCAGAGACUGGAGCUGGACUCAACCGGCACAGACCGGACCCUGGACGAGCCACUAUCAGCCGCAGCCCUACGCAGGUCAUCUUCAUCAUCCUUAUCCUCAUCAUCAUGGCUGGCGGGGUCCAGCACAGCAUCACUGGGGUCGAAGGAAGCAGCAGAAAGAGCCCGAGUUCAGUCAUUUCUGUGACACGUGUGACAGAGGCUUCAGAACUCAAGACAAAUAUGAUGAGCACAUCUCACAACACGUGAAGUGCUCUGUGGAAGACUGUCGCUUCACGGCAAACGAGAAACUGGUGAAGAUCCACUGGAAAAACAAUCACGCUCCAGGAGCCAAGAGGAUCAAACUGGACACUGCAGAGGACGUCGCCAGAUGGAGAGAAGAGAGACGCAAAAACUACCCGACACUGAAAAACAUAGAGAAGAAGCUGAAGCUGAUGGAGAUGAAGGAGCAGCGAGGAGACGUGCUGGAGACGCCUCAGUUUGGUCGCAUCAGGGGCCGCGGUAGGGGACGUGGGUCCGAGCGCUGGAGGUGUAAAGGACCCCAUCGAACGAGUUCUGAGACGGAGCAGAGGGUCGAUCUGAAGCGGCCUCAUCAGGACAGAGACCCUCUCGCUGCUCUCGCCUGCAGUGACCCCGAGUCUGAUAAGGACGAGUCUGUUCAGCAGACUCAGACUGGUCUCACUGUCGCCCCCAAGAGCGUGACCUCUGCCCUCGGGUCACUGAUGUCCAGCUACGGGGGGGACAUGACCUCCAGUGAGAGCGAAGGAGACGCGGACGACGCUCCGGUGCUGAGGGUCAGUCAGGCUCUAGAGGAGAAUAAGACGCUCCUGACUGCUCAUCCACUUCCUGUCCAGAGGAUCCCAGCGCUGCAUGAGGAGAAACACACAAAUACACCACAGCAAUCCCAUCAUGCCCCGGUUGGCAGAGGCAGAGGACGCGGUCGAGGACGUGGUCGCGGGGCGAGAGGAGGGCGAGGCGGUAAAUCCUGUAACCCUGCUGAAUCACAGAGACAUCGAGCAACACUACUAGAGAUGUUACUGGCUCCUGAUAUCCGUCAUGAGAGGAACGUCGUUCUCCAGUGUGUCCGUUACAUCGUCCGCAGCGGGUUCUUCGGCGUGGCUGGUAAAGACUCAAAUGAGAUCAGUGUGUCUGUGAACACGAACGAUGAGCGAGCAUCAAAUGAGGACGUCAGUAGAGACGAAGGACAGCGCUCAGAUCCUCAGACAGACGACCUGAUCAGCCAAUCACAAGACGAUCAUUCCGAGACCAUCAGUGACAGGAGCGCUGGUGAAAACGUGCCUGUGAACAAGAGUCCGGAGCGGAGCGGUGUGUUCCAGCAGCUGUUUGCUCAGCAGUUAGUGUGUGAUGAGUCUGAAGAAACGGCCUCCUGAUGUGUGACGUGUGGAUGCGGGUGAAUCAGAUCAGACGAAUCACUGCGCUCAUCUGAACAUCAGGAGAUGAAGGACCGAACUCAUCACAGCACGUCAUAAACGCACGGCUGAUGGUGGAAGCCACGGAUCGGAUGAUUCACAGUGGUUGAGCUCAGGAGAAGAACAUCUGAGAACAUCCAGUGAUUCAUAGUGACUAGAAAUUAAAUCCAGUGAAAACAAAGACAAUACAAAGUUUAUUAGUUUUUUCAAAUUUUGUUUUUGUUUACUUCUCAUAUGUUUAGUCUUUCAAAAGAAGAGACUCAUACCAAAUGAAUGGAUAUGAAUUAUUUCGAUCUGUGUUUUGAGCACAUGCUGUGACUGUAAUUCUCUCAGAUGCAGCUGCGUGCGGUUAAUAAAGAAGUGUGAUUGAUUAUGAG